AUGUUACUGCUCUGUAUUCCCAAAUUGAGGCACAGGGUGAACUUGUGCGGGCAGAAAAAGCCAAAGAUGCCAAAUCGUACAUCUAUCGUAUCUUUAUUUCAGGAAGCUUCUAAAGCCGCCAUCGCGAAGCUACUUGAGUUGAAGAAACAGUACAAAGAGCAAACUGGUCAGGAGUACAAGCCUGGCCAGCAGCCUGUUCCUGCUGCAUCCUCUUCACCCCCUAGCAGUACUGAUGCACUGGCGCUUUACUCGGAGAUCGAAGCUCAGGGAGACCUUGUUCGAAAGGAAAAGGCUAAGGACGCCAAAUCGGCAAGUUCUGCUUCAUUGUUUUCAAAUUACUUACAGGAUGCUGCCAAGGCCGCUAUUGCCAAACUGCUGGAGUUGAAGAAGCAAUAUGAGCAGAUCACUGGUCAUCCUCAUAAACCAGGACAACCCCCUGUUACAAGUCCGUCACAGCCACAAGAGGCAGCAUUUGAUGCCUCCGCGCUUUACAAUGAGAUACAGGCUCAGGGUGAUCUAGUACGCCAAGAGAAGCAGAAGGAUGCUAAAUCCAAAUGGGAUGUUGAGUUUCAUGUUAUGCUAGUUUUCCCAAAAAGCGCGGGAGAGGGUCUUUCUGAUGAUAUCUACAUUACGAUUCCGGUAACAGAAGGGAUAGCUGGGUAUCGCUUGUUCAAUGGGACGCAUCAGUUCGGUUUUCACAGUUCGAAAGCCGAUUCACGUGGUGUUGUAGUCAAAUUGAAUCGAGGGGAAAGAGCAGGACUGCGCGAUUGUUGGCGAAUCCGAUUUCAGAACUACUUCGGGAAAUAUCAUAUUUUAUUAUCUACUGACAUGCUCGAUCGUUUUGUGGUGCAAGAAAUUCUGGAAUCAAAAUGUAUAGCUGGCUUAAUUGUUUAUGAUCCCGAAACGAAUAUUGAGCCUACAGAAUCUCUUUCUCAUGAUGGAAUAUGUCCGAAUCGUCACAGCGAUGUAUAUGGAGACGAAUGCUCCGCUUCAUAUGCAUGGAAUGAUCGAGGUUUUGUGUUACCGGAUGGAUUACGCAAUAUUGAUUGGAAAAUGCAGAUUUUAUACGUGUAUAAUAAAACUCACUGCCAUGACCUGUAUAACGUACCAAAGAAUGGCUCAGCUUCUGUGUCUUUUCCACUCUGUGCCGCUUCUUUUGGAGUGUUCAGCACGGCAGCCGGCUCUACUGAAAUUUGCUAUCGACGAAGCAAACCCUGGUCACGUUUACUUGAUCUGAGUAUUGAGAAUAGAGAUGAUUUAUGUAGUCCUUUGGUUGGUGUCAACAUUCUUUCUUAUCUACCUCCUAAGGUGUACAAGGAAUCUGCUCCUGCUCAUACUGCUAGAUAUCUUAUGCUCUCUGCGAGGCUUGACAGUUUCGGACUCAUUCCUGAGAUAUCUCCUGGAGAAAUUAGCGUUGUCACUUCGGUUAUUGCCCUCUUGGCAGCAGCAAGGACGAUAGGAAUGCAUGCGGAUAUUUUUGAGAAGGCGGCUAACGCCUCCGAACCGUCACGUUAUCGUCGCCGUUCUUUGAUGGGGAAAGGAGAAUUUCCACGGAAGUUAUCCAGUAAAUUCAAAGCGCAACUCGAUCCAGUUCUUUCUUCGCAGCUUGAGGCUAUUAUUGAAGUGCAGCAACUGGGAACUGGUGAUGGAGUUAAACUGUAUGGACACGCCGAUGGAGGACAAUUUCAGCGGGACGGAUUGGAAGAGUCUCAAAGAGGUACUGGAUUCGUUAUCGGCGGGAGCGAUUGCAGCAGGUGGUUCGUUGGUUCCUCCGACAGAGAGUUCCCGUAUGCCGCCAUCGAGCUGGCAUCCGUUCUUUCGGAUCGCAUCUUCGAUUCGUGGCAUAGUUUUGGCUCCAUUCCGAGAAAAGUACGAAUAUGGGAGAAUUUCGUCAAAAAGAUGGCGCUACAAGUGGAUAAGGAGUUUGUGAGUUGCUUAGUACUUUUACUGAAUGUGAUCCUACUGCUUACGAUAACUACGCUUUUCGAAUGCUUCAUCGAUUCUCCUGAUUGGUUUUCAUGCGAUUUUUUCAAGCGGCUCAAUGGAGAUCGUCUGAAACCAUCUUCAGGGUUUUUUGCGGGCAAAUCAACAUAUGUUUCUGCUGGAUACCGUAAUCCAAUCCGUUUCUUUGUGGAAUGGUUAGCGAUUUAUGCGACGGGUUCAACAUCAUAUACAAGCAAUGUGAAGGAUAAGACCACUUGUGACGACUUGGGAGGGGAGCAAAAUGUAUAUGUAUACACAUGGCAAGCUGACCCUCAUACAGGAACAUAUUACUGUUAUCGCUCAUCUGUGGAUGUUUAUCAAGUUAACUCUCCUGCCUUCAGAAUCCAAGGUUAG